AUAGACUCUGUCGAAUCUACAGGAGGUACCUUUUUCUUUGCAGAUAUGUCGUGCAUAAGCAAUUAAUGUUUUCAGUGACGGAUGAUGCCCUACACCGACUCCAGGUGGUCUUUCCUGAACCAUUAAUCCUUGCCGCGCUCGACAUCAUUGACAGAGAGAACGUUGUCAAGUAUGAAACAAUCUCGGGGCAUGUUUAUUACGAAGUCGCUGGGUCUACAGGAACACACACAGUCAACAUUGGUCUAAACCUGGGCCCUGUGUCCAGUUUUUGCACUUGUCCUGCAUAUAUAUAUGCCGUCCUGCUCUCUAAGUCACACUUGAUGUGCAAACAUCUUCUUGCCGUUCGUCUCGCCGAGCGUAUCCAUGCCUGUGUUCGUCGCCCGAUAGGGCAAGAAGAGUUGGCUGUAACAUUGCAGCACCGGUAUACAAAUGUAUUUUGAGAAUUAUCUACGCCAACGUCAAGGUAUCAUAACAGACCGAGGAAA